AUGAUGAUGCAGCAGCAGCUCUCCGAGACCCCCAACCAGAAGAACUCCCUCUUCAACGCCAUGAACCGCUUCCUCGGCGCCGUGAACAACAUGGAUCAGACCGUCAUGGUGCCCAGCCUGCUGCGGGACGUGCCGCUGGACGAGGAGCGGGAGAUGAGCUCCCUGAAGUCGGACAUGGACGAGGGGGACAUGUACAGCUACUACCAGCUGCUCAAGUCCAUCCGCAGGGACAUCGAGUGGGGGGUCAGGUGCGCCGCGGCCGACGAGAGGCGCAAAGAGAGCAUGAGGGUCACCCGCACGCACUCCUCCGCCUCCACCUCCUCCUCAUCCUCAUCCUCCUCCUCCUCUUCCUCCUCGGCGUCGUCGUCGGAGGAGGAGUGCGAAGAGGACGAGGACCUGCAGAAGCAGUUCCAGUUCCACCUGACCGGGCUGCAGGGAGUGCUGUCCAAGCUGACGCAGCAGGCCAACUGCCUGACCAAUCGCUACAAGCAGGAGGUGGGCAUCGGAGGAUGGGGCCAGUGA